AUGCUUGCCAUUCAAACAAUCGAUAGGGAAGCUAUCUGCCAAAACGAUGAAUCAACAAAUUCAUCUCUUGUUUUGCAUCGAUUUGAAAGUCCAAGCUGUGAAGUUGCUUUUUUAGUUCACAUAACCACAAACGAAGAGAGUCUUCUAGAAACAGUUCAACUAACUAUUAUUGAUAUGAAUGACAACUCUCCAAUUUUCGAGCCAUCUUCUGUCACAAUAUCAGUACCGGAAUCCUCUCCAAUUGGAGGCUUAUUUUAUCUGCCCCCUGCGAAGGAUGCGGACCUUGGAAAAAAUGGAAUAAGUAGUUACCAUCUCAGUCGUAUACACUCAGACUCUGGUCCACAAGCAUGUCCCUCGUAUACAGCUAAUGACGAUGGCUAUUUCACUUUGUCUAUGACGGAUGAAAAUACUCCCCAAUUGAGGCAGAUCAGUGGGCUUGACUACGAGAAGUUUCAAAACCUCUUCUACUGUCUUCAUGCCUAUGAUGGAGGAGGACUGACAAGUGCACUACUAAUAGCCGUUGAAAUCCAGGAUGUAAAUGACAACAGCCCCCAAUGGGUUGGUCUACCGUACCACGUCCACUUGCGCGAAUGCGCUCAACAAUCUCAACAAUCGCUAUGGAAAACAAGUGCUGAAUUACGUUCCUUCCUACGUCUGAGUGGCUUUGCAUAUGAUACACCGUUUCGGUUUCUUAUCCAACUGGCCGCUAUUGAUGCGGACAGCAAGGAAAACGGACUAAUAAAGUUCAAAGUUGUGCAGAGGAAAUCAGAUAUUCAGGCAAGUUAUAAAGUGGUGGUACAUGGCGACAAGGUAUACAUCAUAGGGCAGCUAGAUUAUGAGACCACACCCAAAUUUUCCAUAGCUGUUGAGGCAAAAGAUGGAGGUGGUUUAACUAACGUAACAAAUAUUGAUGUUACUCUUGAGGACUGUAACGAUAACACGCCUAAAAUAACCGUUACAUCACUUAGUCCACUUCCCAGAGAAAAUCUUUCUGAUUGGAGCUAUUAUAAACUUACUGACAUCUGGAUUUCUGAAGAAGAUGGAAGAGAAAUUAAACUCGCUACGAUAACAGUUUCUGAUGCUGAUACAGGAGAAAAUGCAGCCGUGAGUUGUGACAUAGAAUGGAAUAACCUAGUUUGUACUAAUCCCUUCAGUCUUGUCCCACUAAAAACGCCCGCUGCGGCUAUCAGAGUUCCCACCGUAUUUAUGCUUCUCAAACGGGACGGUAUCAAGUUUGAUCGUGAAGCAACGUCAAGAGUACAAGUGACCAUCGUAUGUGCCGAUCGUGGCCGUCCGCAAGCCAACAUCGCUCGCCAAAUGGUUGACAUAGGGGUGUGGGAUAUUAAUGACAACGCACCGAAAUUUAAACAUAGGGGAGAUAUCGGUGUGCAAGAAAAUGAGCCAGAUGGAACAGUUGCGGGCUAUGUUCAUGCAAGUGAUAUUGAUUUCGGGAGAAACGCUGCUUUGAAAUAUUCCAUUAAAAACUGCAAACACAACGUCUCAACCUUAUCUUUCACCAUUGACGAACGCACAGGAAAAAUUUCGACUUUGCGUUCGCUUGACAGGGAGAAUAAGGCCGUUUAUUGUGUGACAGUUGAAGCAGUGGAUGAAGGCGAUCCACAGCUGAGUUCUUCAGUAGAUGUCAAUAUUACCGUGUUGGAUGUCAAUGACUCUCCACCAGUAUUCCAGGGAAACAAGAAUGAGUCAGGGAGAAUUGUAUUCGAAAUUCCAGAGUCUUUCGAUCAGGAACGUCUAAUGGAGCGCUUUAUUGGCCAAGUCAACGCUACCGAUGCAGACAGUGGAGCAAAUGGGACCCUUGAGUUUUCAAUUAAACAAACACCGGGUCCGUUUUGGCAUAGUAAUCCUCCUGCGUACUUUCGGAUAACCCGCAAGGGUCAGCUUUACGUAGACGGUGUAUUGGAUCGCGAAAAGCAGCAAGAACAUGAAGUCACGGUGGUCGUGUCGGACACAGGGGCUUUUCAUCAGCGCCUAACAUCUGAAAUUGGUGUCACUAUUCGUCUGCAAGACCAAAAUGAUAAUAGUCCCGUAUUUACUGAGCCAGGCGCUCUUUCGAAAGGUCCUCAUGCCGGACCUGCUACGUUAAACACCACUCAUGAUGUGACCGUCAACUCUUCCAUACUAAGAAUAUGUGCCAAAGAUAAUGAUUUGCAGGAAAACGGCAAACUAAACUUCACUUUGCGGUGCGCAAAAUACUUGAGACCAUACUUUGCCGUCGUAAUUUUUGCCAUGUUCAUCGUUGUUCUUGGACUUCUGGCGUUUCUCUUCAUACGAGACUUUCCAUUUAAACAGCAAGCUGUACGUCACACAUCUACAGAGGAAAGGGAAAUAAAUUCACACCCGUAUUCUACAUGUCAAGCUGUUCCAAUCGUCUACGCAGCAGACUAUCCCCAGGGAAAUGUCUCGCUGUCAAAAUUCCAAUUAUCGGUAAAAUGCGAUGCAACUGCCUCUGAAGGAGACUCGCCCCCUCCGCAAUCUACGUUGCAACUUACAUCUAGUAACACAUCGAGAAUCAUAAAUGGAAGCCAGCAGGAUCUCCAGUUUCGCGAAUUCAAACCCCCAGAAAGCGGACUUAAUUUUAGUGAAACCGAAGAAGGCUCAAUUCCUACAACUGAAAAUACAGGAUCAAAUGGUCAAGCUAUGCCAAAUCACAUAACACGGAAUCACAUGUUUCAAUCUCCACUGUGUGAGCGCUCUAAUGCCCUCAUUGUAAAGUAUGCAGCCCCGCCGAUUUACGCACCACUUCAUCCAAGAAAAGCGAUUCUCCUUGGAAAUAUCUCCCCAUGUCAAGAGAGAAGAGUUAUGACCACCGAAUCCGCGGAUAAUCAUAACUAUGGACUUCUGCCCACAACCUUGGUUUUGUCUGAAAUCAACGAGACUUACACUGCUCUCAACAAUCCAACUCAGAGAAAACAGGCCAUCAGUCAAGCAGUGGGGUUUAACGGCGUUUAA